CCGCUUCCGCUCUGGUGUUUCCGGGUCCUGCGGUGCUCGGGCCGGGGUGGAGCGCGUUCGUUCGGGCUGCGGCAUGAGGCCUCGGGGCUGGUUCCUGCCCUUGGCGCUGGGGCUGCUGGCCCUGCGGGGAGCGGCCUCCGCCCGGCCCAGCUUCGUGCUGCUGCUGGCGGACGACCUGGGCUUUGGGGACCUGGGUUGUUACGGGCACCCGUCCUCCGCCACGCCGUGCCUGGACCGGCUGGCGGCCCGCGGGCUGCGUUUCACCGACUUCUACAGCAGCUCUCCCGUCUGCAGCCCCUCCCGCGCAGCCCUGCUGACCGGCCGCUUCCAGACACGCUCCGGGAUCUACCCCGGCGUGUUCAACCCUGACUCGCGGGGCGGCCUGCCGCUGGCGGAGGUCACCAUCGCGGAGAUGCUGAAGGCUGAGGGUUAUGCCACGGCCAUGGUGGGCAAGUGGCACCUUGGCUUGGGGGUGAACGGCUCCUUCCUUCCCACCCACCAGGGUUUCGACCACUUCCUUGGGGUGCCCUACUCUCACGACCAGGGCCCCUGCCAGAAUCUCACGUGCUUCCCACCCGACAUCAAGUGCUUUGGGACUUGUGACCAAGGUGUAGUGCCAGUCCCACUCCUCUGGAACCAGAGCAUCGUGCAGCAGCCGAUCUCUUUCCCUGAUCUGGUACCGCUCUACAACAAGUUCUCCCGAGACUUCAUCGCUGACUGUGCUCAACGAGGCGUUCCCUUCCUGCUCUACUAUGCGUCCCACCACACACACUACCCCCAGUUUGCCAGCCGGGAGUACGCGGGGCAGACACAGCGUGGGCCAUUUGGGGACGCACUCUCGGAGUUCGAUGGCUCGGUCGGACAAGUGCUGCAGGCGCUGGAGGAAAAUGGUCUCACCAACUCAACCUUGGUGUUUUUCACCUCUGACAACGGCCCUUCCACCGUGCGGAUGGCGCGUGGAGGCAGCUCUGGUCUUCUGAAGUGUGGAAAGGGCACAACGUAUGAAGGUGGCAUGAGGGAACCAGCAGUGGCUUAUUGGCCCGGCCGCAUUGCUCCAGGAGUGACGCAUGAGCUGGCGAGCACCCUGGACAUCCUGCCAACACUGGCCAGCCUGGCUGGAGCAGCUCUUCCCAAAGUUGCGCUGGAUGGCUAUGAUCUGAGUCCGGUGCUGUUUGGGACAGGGAAGAGUCCCCGUCAGACGAUGUUCUUCUACCCACCGUCCCCCGAUCCCCUGCAUGGUGCCUUCGCUGUCAGGCUUGGGAAGUACAAGGCCCAUUAUUUCACACAAGGUUCCUUCCACAGCGGCACGACCCCAGACCAGGCCUGCCACGGGCUGACCCCGCUGACGCCUCACUUGCCUCCGUUGCUCUUUGACCUGGAGUCAGAUCCAGCGGAGAACUACGAUCUGCUGCAGAGCGGCGUGGGGCCAGAAGUUCUACAAAUCCUGAAGGAGAUCCAACUGCAGAAAGUGCUUUUUGAACAGCGCAUGGAGUUUGGAGAAAGCCAGAUAAAGAAGGGCAGGGAUCCUGCCCUGCAGCCCUGCUGUGCACCAGACUGCACUCCUAAGCCUUCCUGCUGCCGCUGCUCCUAGGCUCUUGCUGCUCCCUCCCUUAACGUCGCUGGCACCUUAUCUCAAACCCAACGGACCACCCCACCCCAACUAACAAAGCUCAGCCUUGGAGCAACCUCACAGCUUUGGCUCAGGGACGCCUCCAGCUGCUGGAGGGCUGGGGUAGCAAAUUGAGGGCUUGGGAGAUCCCCACCCCUGCUUGGAGCUCCAAGCGAUGCUCCCUGUGCUCCACGGUGGACGUUCAAGCAGAGAUGUCUGGACAGAAACCCGGAGUUAUUCAGAGAGGGACCAUGAUACAACAGAGCAAAGAACAGCUCCUCUCAAACCAUGAUUAAGAUGAAGCAAAGGGUGUUGAGAUCCAGGGUCCAGAGAUCCCACAUCAGCAGGAGGUGUGUGCUUUGCGCCCCAGGAUGGGAAUUGAGCUUGGAGCCACAGCACCAUCCCUUGGCAGAGACCAAGAACACAGUGAGAAAAUGGGGUGGAUGGUCCU